AUACUUAAAAGUUACGGUAUACCCACUCACUGACUCACAAUCCAUAGCGGCAUUCGGCAGAGCACGCCUUCUAGAUCCUUGCCGAACCAUCUCUCUGGGGACGCCGUCGUAACACUCCUUACGCCGGGGUCUCCGCUACCACCGCCGCCGCGGACGACGAGUCGACAACGUAGACAUCCAAAUCUUCGAUCGAAUUGAGAAUGGAGCGCGGUUGCAAGGUCACUCUCUAUGUCGCCGUCAUCAUAUCGGCCAUCGUUUUCACUUACUGGUCGACGGUGUUCGUAUUCAUAGACCGGUGGUUCGGCCUCGGCUCCUCACCGGGAAUGCUAAACGCUCUUGCAUUCACCGUCAUUGCGAUUCUCUGCACCUCCAACUAUGGCCUCGCCGUAUAUACUGAUCCGGGUCGGGUUCCUGCUUCAUACUUGCCUGACCUUGAAGGACCUGAUAACGCAAUUCAAGAGAUCAAGCGCAAGGGUGGGGAUUUGCGAUAUUGUCAGAAGUGCUCACUCUAUAAGCCUCCUCGUGCCCAUCAUUGCCGAGUCUGUAACAGAUGUGUUUUACGGAUGGAUCAUCAUUGUGUCUGGUUGAAUAAUUGUGUGGGCCAUGCAAACUAUAAGGCUUUCUUCAUUUUUCUUGUCUAUGCUGUUAUUGCGUGUCUAUACUCCCUGGUUUUAUUUGUGGGUAGCCUAGCUAUGGGAUCUGAACAUGAUCUUCAUCAGAAUUCUCUAGGGUCUUACAAAACUGUAAAUAUUAUUGCAGGCAUUUUGUUGAUUCCGUUAAGCCCAACAUUGGCAUUUUUUCUUGGUUGGCAUACCUACCUGAUCUUGCAAAACAAGACAACAAUUGAGUAUCAUGAAGGUGUAAGAGCCAUGUGGCUUGCUGAAAAAGGGGGCCAUCUCUACUCACACCCUUAUGAUCUUGGUGCAUAUGAGAAUAUUUUAUCUAUUCUAGGCCCUAAUGUGCUCUGUUGGCUAAUACCCACAGCAGGACACAUUGGAUCAGGACUCCGCUUUCGUACCGCAUAUGAUGAUAAAAUAGUCUUAACAAGAACAUCAGCAUAGGAUUGCUCUCUGAUGCAAAGUGAGUGCGAGUUUGGCAAAGUUACUUGGUUUAAGGAAGACAAAGGUGGAUAUAUAUGGAAUCGGGGUUUUCUUGGGUAUGAAACAUCUAACUCCUGUAGUGAGUGUAAGUGGAGCCGGCUUCUGUAUAAAAUGUAAGAGGUAUGUUUAUGUUACUGGGUAGUCAGUUUGGCAAAAGAAAGAUAGCAGAGUAUAUCUAGGAGUUAGGCAGUCUUGUUCUUGUUGUCAGAAAUGUGAAUUCUUACCAUAUAGACAAUAUGUACAAAAAGUUUCAAAAAGUCAAAGAUAAACAGUCAGUAAACAUGCUUCUGUAAUUUUGUGAUCUCCCCUGAUAGCCAUUUUAUUACUCCGCAC